AUGGCUCGGCGCAAGCAGGUCGCGCCGAUGCAGCGCAUCAACUCAGGCGAGAUCAUGCAGCCGCUCCCUGACAACGCAGAGACACCCGCAGCAUACACCAACGGCCAAAUCGCAACAAAGAGGCGACCGCUCCUCCCAGAUAGUCCCUCGUCGAAGCCUCCCGCCGGCAUCCUACAACUCCUAACCUGCCGCUACCUUCUCCUCACCUCCACCUCCACCACCAACAUCCUCCCCUCCCGCGCGGCCCUCUCCCCACUCCUCCUCGUCGCGAUCACCCAAACCCUCGCUUCCCCUUUCGGCUACGCCUCUCUCGCCCACGUCGACUAUCUCACAUUCGUCCUCGCCAAAUCCUGCAAACUUCUCCCCGUCAUGUUCCUCCACGUCACCUUCUACCGCAAACGCUACCCUCUGUCAAAAUACCUCAUCGUGCUGGCCGUCACCGCGGGCGUCGCGAUCUUCACCCUCUACCACCCGCCCAAGACCUCUUCCUCGAAACUCAAGGCCUCUAAACCCGCCAAAUCCUCCUACUACGGCCUCGCCCUCCUAGCAAUCAACCUCCUCUUCGACGGCCUAACCAACACCACCCAAGACCACAUCUUCUCCUCCCCGGCCAAAUACGGCCGCGUCACCUCCGCCCAGAUGAUGGCAAUCACAAACUUCUACUCCACGAUCCUGAUGGCAGCAUACCUCCUCGUCACCCCGCACCUGCCUAUCACCCUGCUACCAGUCUUUGCUCAAACGACCAACACAAACGAACUCACAACCGCUCUGUCCUUCCUCCAACGACACCCCUCCGUGCUCUAUGACGUCCUCGGCUUUGCGGCCUGCGGCGCUAUCGGCCAGCUCUUCAUCUUCGCGACACUCGAGCGCUUCUCGAGUCUGUUGCUGGUCACAGUGACCGUCACGAGGAAAAUGCUGACUAUGGUGCUGAGUGUAGUCUGGUACGGCAAAAGCCUAACCGGAGGGCAGUGGAGUGGUGUGGGCCUCGUCUUUGGGGGCAUCGGAACGGAGGCGUGGUUGGGUGCGCAGGAGAAGAAGGCGAAGAAGGCGAGGGAGGCCAAAAUCAGGGGAAAGGAGCUGUAG